AAAGGAAAUCUCUUUAAAUUUGAUUAAACUAGAUUGUUUUUCGCUGAUAAGCUGAACAAUAAAAACUAACAUAAAUAUACAAUGAGGAUAUAUCAUCAGUGAACGUUAUGUACCUAAAUAAAGUCAUAAGUGUCAUAUAUUAUAAUCGGGGAUCAUAUUGUGAUUGCAUAUUAAAUCGACUGAACAUAACCAGCUUAUGUACCAGUGAUUUGGUGAUUUACAAAAACCAUUGUGAAUCAUUUCAUAAUCCGAUCGAAUAUCAUGUGUGGAUUAUAUCACUUUUAAUAUAAACACUUCAUUGUAGACGUGCUACUUUGAAUACCCUCGUGUGCUAAACUCUUAAGUUAUAUGAAAUACUGCAUUCUACACAUGCUUGGUGUAUGAUUACUGUGUUUUCGUGAAGUAAACCGCUAUUGUUAAACGCUCACCAUGUAUGUUUGACAUUAAACUUUGAAAUAUGACACGAUCAUAGAUUUGAAAGAUGAGACCCAAAACUAAGUGAACCCUUAACUAAUAUACAAAGACGGCGUCCAGAUGAAAAAUAAACAUUGUCCGCCAAACUAUAGACUGCUUUGAUUGGUCCAUCAACCAUAUCGUUGGUCAUCACGGACUAAAUGCCACUAUCAUUCUGUGAUAAACACACACAACCGCCUGACGCAUCAAUGUUUUUUUAAAACGAAAAUCAUGGGGGUAGAUAUUCAAACAUAUCGCUGUAGAAUUGGAACAUUCAGCUAUACGAGUUGCAAAAAACCCAGCUCUGAAGGCAAUGGAUGUAAAAUAAUACAGUGUGAUGAACGUGGACGAACACGUGGUUCCUUGCAUACCAUCGCCCUCGUAGUUUGUCUGUCUCUAUAUUUCUAUCAUUUCUCUUGCAAUCUGAGGAAUAAGGCGUUUAAUAAAAAUUCAAUAAGUGGAACAGCUGAGCGAGUGAUGUUUUUCUUCAAACAACAACUGCCUUCAGCUCGCACAGUUUGGAGUGUCACUGAAACAAUGCUUGGAGAAGUCAUUGGUUCUUCCAUGUCAAAUUUGAAAAAUAUUGCAAGCAUCGUAUUCAACAAUGACCUCUUGGCCUAUGUUUAUGAACAUGAAAAAUCACUGGCGCCGUUAAAAACGUUUCGUAUGCGCAAUAAAAUGUAUUGUGCGACCGGAGCGUUACAAGAAAAACUGGUACAUUUGGACAGACGUUUGAAAUUACUUCGCACUGAAAUCGAAAAGAACAUUCAAUUAUUCGAAGAGCUACUACGAGUAAGAGAUGUAGUCAGCAUUCGCUUUUUGACCGAAAGUCUGGACCGGAGUUAUGAGAAACUGUUCGUCAGGAUGAGCAGGACAAAGUCACAUUCAAAAUUAGUGCGUAUGCUUCCUAAUUUGUCAAACAUUCGAUCCAAUAUACCAAAACCAUUCCAACUAUUUGCAAUUUGUCCGACAGUAAAUGACGGCUUGGCCUGCUUCGUGCACUCUUUGUUUCAUAAAUUUGAACCGUGUGCUCAGUCUACGGAUUUUAGUUUUGAAGAAUAUAUACACGAAGAACUAAGAUAUGUUACAAUAAGUUCCUGUAUAGAUACAGGGCCUACCAAUUUAUGUAUUGAUCCACACCAACCACUCCGCAAUGCAAGUGAGCAUGACGCAAUUUUCAUUGCAGCGUUGGGAACGGACACAAGUUUCAAUAGAGAUGAAGGUGAAAAUGAAUUUUUGUAUGCGUGGGAUGACGUGAUGCCAAUCAGAGUGAUAAAGGCUCAAUUGCUCAGUUCUGGCGUAGAACCAAACCCUGGACCUGUAUAUUUGACCGAUGUCGAAGAAACAGAGACAGAUAAAAGAUUGGUGGCAAAAAAGCAAACGAGAGAAACAUAUUUUCAUUUUGGGAAGGUACAAGCAUGCACAGGUUCCAUUAAAGUCGGUAGCAUUUUCGGAACAAAAGUUUUCAAAAUAGAGCUAAAUGACGACCUACAAAAAGGGCUUCUGAAUAAGAAUAAUACACAAGCACAAGAAUUCGCGAUCAGUCGAGUUUUAGAUGAACUAUGUAAUUUUGGCAAGUUUGUAGAAUUGGAAAUACCGCUAUUGUUUUAUUUGCGAAAGAAUAUCGCGUAUAUGGUUUUACCGUCUGCUUCAUGGUGGAAAGAUUUGGACGCCAAGGCAGUCGGAACAAUACCAGCGGGUGUACUCGCAUACAGAAACGAGUUUAGAGAAACCUUUUUCUUUCGAGAUAAGAUUACAAUAUCUUUGCUAGAUGAACAUAUAAGUAAUAAACGCGUGUCUUCUAUUGACUUCUGUGACUUAACGAUUACAAACCCUUUUGGUGGGUUUCACAUGAUUACAUGCUACAAUGCGUGUGUUUACCCGAACGAAGGCCAACGCAACGAUAAACCUCUAAAUCAACCGGAACUAAAAUAUCCAACCCAAGUGUCUGAAGCUCAAGAUCAACAUGUCAGUGAUGUGUCAGAUGGAGAAACCUCAGUAGAUGAACAUCCAUCAACAAGCCAUCAAAACGAAACAUCCCUGUAUGUAAAUCAGGCUAGCACAUUUUUUCAAGACAUUGGUUCAAAUACUUCGCAACCAGACCAGACAGAAAGACCACAAGUUCAGAUGAACAUGGAACAUUUCAAUCACAUGGGUGAUGAAACACACUUUGAUCAGAACACCACAGUGCUUGCUCAACGCAUGGGUCCUAGUUUGCAGCAAAGAAGAUAUCCGACGGCUAAAUAUGGUUCGUAUGAAAAUGAAAGAGAGAGGAGGGAAACGUAUCGUGGAUGGCCUUUACAACAACCAGAUCCUCAAACUCUUUGCAAUGCAGGUUUUUUCUUUACAGGUCAAAGCUAUGAUUUAGUACGAUGUUUUUGUUGCGGCAUCGGCCUGAAAGACUUCACAGACACGGACAAUCCCCUUAUGGAGCACGUUAAACACUCGGCUAACUGUCCGUUCAUCCUGGAUUAUUUUGGUAGUCGACAAGCGUUAGAGCGAUAUAAGCAGAACAACGUACGACAAGACCCAGAAGACAUCAGACGAAGACAGCGUCAACUGUACCAACAGCAACAAGGUCGACCAGUAACAACUUACAGGGCAAAGCACGAACGGUUCCGAACUUUAUCUUCAAGGCUCACCACGUUCGCACAGUGGCCUCCUCAUUUAUCCCAGAGGCCAGAACAAUUAGCAGAGGCAGGAUUGUAUUACACAGGUGUAGAUGACCAUUGUCGUUGCUUCGGGUGUGAUGGCGGUUUGAGGAAAUGGGAACCAGGCGACGAUCCCUGGAUAGAACACUGCCGAUGGUUUCCGGCUUGCCCUUAUGCAAGAGAAAUAAAAGGCGAUGAAUUUAUCAAUCUUAUUCAAAUGUCUGCCGAUCUUGUAGCAAGUGAAACUGCAUCAGAUCUACAUGAAGAAGUAAACGGAAAUAUGGCUGCUUUAACGAUCGAUGAUGCACUCGCUCAAACAAUUGUAAAGAAACAUCGACAAAUUAUUACAUAUGACAUGGGAUUUCCAUUAGCCGAAGUUGAAAACUCUGUUUUGGAACUUUUUCAACAAGGCAGCAGAGAUCCAGACAUUUGGGAAAUUGUUACACGUAUUGAGGUUAUUCGUGAAAGAAAAUCUGUUGAUGCGAAACUCAUAAGACAGCAACCGUCAUGUGCACAAUCAACUAAGACGUUGAUGGAUCAAAAUCAACGACUAAAAAGCAUACUUCUAUGCCAUUUAUGUCACAAGAACCAGGUUAACGCCUUGUUUCUACCCUGCACACAUCACAAGUACUGCAUGGACUGCACACAACACAAAGAUAGCUGUCCUGACUGUGGCCGAGCAAUUAAGGAAAAGAUCCGAACAUUUAUGGGAUAAAGAACUCAUUACAUCGAUACUGUUAUAUCAUUUAUAUCUACAUACAAAAUACAAUACCAUAUUGAUUGAUAAAAUGAUUAAACAUGAAUAACAUUGUUCCUACAAUUAUGCUCAACAUUACAUAAACAAUGAAUGCAGUCGAUAAGCCACUAACAGCUGAAAAACAACAGUAAUUGAACCUUUGUUUUUACCGUUACUAUUAAGAAACGUUAAUUUCCCACCUUGAUUUUCAAUGUCAGGAUAUACACCUAAUAAGAGAAAAAAAUGUAUAUGCCUUUCCACUUAUAUUCACGCAUCUUUGAUAAGUCUACUAUUUAGAAGCAUAAUCUAUUUAUUCAUUUUGUUCACGACAUCACAUAUGUCUUUCAAUUGUGUGACCGAGACCUUUGUUACGUUCUCUAAAUAUUAACCGGAUUGUAUACAGGUUAAUGUAUGCAAGUUUUCUAUCAAAACAAAGAGAAGAAGCAACCACGAAGGUUAUUAUGCCGAUCAGUAGAGCUAGAAGCAGCCUUAACGAAUAAGGGAUGUAUGUUUAACGUGUACGGGUAUAAAUGUAAAAACUAUGACAAAACGACUAUAAAGCAAUACAUAAGAAGAUGUGUCAGCUUUCUGUUUUACACAGAUAGCAAACAAAUACCCUUAAUACAAACAAAUAUUUUUUAAACUAAACAAAGUAAGAGUAAAUACCGCUAAACGUGAUAUUAAACUGUUGUUCUAAUAUCUUAAUCAGUGUGAUUUGGGUUAAUUCUAUACUACGUAAUUGAGUGUAUGUUUUGCAUGUAUAUAAUUUGCAUUGUUGUUCUCAACGUUUAGUGGAUUUUUUAUCCAGAUGAAUCAAUAAAAUUAUGGUAAAAUAUUAAGGCUAACUAGUGUGAUACAAACGGUAAAACUAAAGCAUUAACAGUUCGUGAUCAAUAGUUUUUCCUUAUUUUUACUUAAUCUUACUCAUGUAAUAAUAUAUCUUAUAUGUUAACAAAUACAUAUGUCUUAUCUCAUUAAUAGAACGUUGCGAAUAAAAGAAUUUCAUGUAGAUCGACAAUGUUUUUACGAAAUGUUGUGUGUUUUUAGCUUUCUUCUUUCCUGUUUUUUCUCACAGUUUUGAUUCAACUGUGUUGCUUUUUCUAAUGAAAACAAAAUAAAAAGUAUAAAAUGAAA